GGAAUCAACAAUGUUGUAUGCAACAAGGUUUAUGGUUUCUGUUCGUCAAAUCCCUAAUUUUGUUCCACUCUCCACUCUCCCUCCUUCCUGGACAAGCCUUCACUUUCAUUCUGAGCCUCCAUCCCUUGCUGAAGUUGACGAUGCUGUUGAUUCCUUUACUCGCAUGCUCUCUAUGCGUCGUACUCCUCCCAUCAUCCAAUUUAACAAGAUUUUGGGAUCCCUUGCCAAGACGAAGCAUUUCCACGCCGCCGUUUCCCUUUUUCAGCAAUUGCAAGCCAAGGGAAUCGCGCCCGACUUAUUUACUUUGAACAUCUUAAUCAAUUGUUGUUGCGGCACGGGUCGUAUGACGCUUGCUUUCUCUGUAUUGGCCAAGAUUUUCAGGAUGGGUUUUCAGUCUGAUACCAUAACGUUGACAACAAUACUGAAAGGUCUCUGUCUCUGUGGUAAUAUUGAAAAAGCACUGCACUUCCAUGACAUAGUGCGGGCUCAUGGAUUUCAGUUUGAUCAAGUGACCUAUGGGACCUUGGUUAAUGGACUCUGUAAGACCGGACACACAGCAGCUGCUAUUCAAGUGUUGAAAAAAAUCCCACAGUAUGGGAUUUUUCCUAGUGUUGUCAUGUACAGCGCAAUUAUCGAUAGCCUCUGCAAGGAUACACUUGUAAGUGAGGCUUUUCUUUUAUACUCUGAAAUGCUUGCUAUGGGAAUUUCUCCCGAUGUUAUUACUUACACGACUCUGAUUUAUGGAUUGUGCCUUGCGGGUCAAUUUAAGGAAGCCAUUCAUAUACUAAAUCAUAUGAUGUUCAAAAACAUUACUCCAGAUGUUCAGACCUAUAAUACUUUGAUCCAUGGGCUAUGCAAGGAAGGAAAGAUCAAAGAUGCUAAGAACGUGUUGGCUGUGAUGACAAAACAUGGUGUGAAACCAAAUGUGGUUACUUAUAACAGCUUAAUGGAUGGGCAUUGUUUGGUUAAUCAGGUAAAUAAGGCAAAAUAUGUAUUCAACACAAUGGCCCAAAGUAGUGUGUCUCCUAAUGUUUGUAGUUACAAUAUCAUGAUUAAUGGCUUGUGCAAAAGUAAAAUGGUCAAUGAUGCCUUGAAUCUCCUUGAAGAGAUGCGUUGCAAGAACUUGGUUCCCGACAUGUUUACUUACAAUACUCUAAUUGAUGGCUUGGGAAAAUCAAGGAGAAUCCUUUGUGCUGUGGAGCUUCUUGAAAAGAUGCAUGAUAGAGGUCAACAUGCUGAUAUAGUCACUUAUAAUUCCUUGCUGCAUGCUUUGUUCAGUAUGAAACAACAUGACAACGCACUUAUGUUAUUCAAUCAAAUGAAAGAGAGUGGCAUUGAUCCAGAUAUAUAUACAUACAGCAUACUUAUAGAUGGCCUGUGCAAAAGUGGAAGACUUAAAAAUGCAAACGAGAUAUUUCAAGAUCUUUCCAUUAAAGGCUAUCGUGCAGAUGUGAAGACGUACACCAUUAUGAUCAAUGGGCUUUGCAAAGAGGGCCUGCUUCAUGAAGCAUUGGCUUUCUUGUCGAAAAUGGAAGACAAUGGUUGCUUACCGGAUGCUCUGACUUAUGAAAUAAUCAUUGGUGCUCUGUUUGAAAAAGGUGAAAAUGAUAACGCGGAGAAACUUCUUCGUGAAAUGAUAUCUAGAGGCCUAUUGCAAGGAUAAAAACACCUCUGAAGAAACAAGAACCACCUCUGUGCUUGAACUUCUGAAAAUAGCUGUUGAAGGCAUAGGAAGCAUGGUCUUUCAAAGUGUUUGGAUAAUAGCAUGGUUGGUUCACUUGGAUUUUGCUACAAUCUGCACCUCCACUUCCACAAGCCCAGUUCAGCGCUGCCUGCAACUCAUCGUCACUGCUUUGCGGAUCAGCUAUGCACC